AAGAAAGAGUUCAAGAUUAAGAUGCUUAGACUGUAUGGUGAGCCCAAACAAGAAGAAAGCAGUCCCAGUCUUCAAGCCAAGGGACGGUGCUUCACCUGAAUCCUUCUCACCAGAGACGCCAUCACUCUUCUAUAUCUACCUACUGUAAAGAACUGGACUUGUAGAAAUCUUGAGGAACAUUCAGUGAGCAUGGAAUCACCACUGUCCAACUACUCGCAGAGCAUGGACGAGCAGCAUUCCCAGGAAAGAGCUGCAGGUGGAUCCGGGGCUGGACGCCGCAAGCGGGAGUUCAUCUCCGACGAGAGGAAGGAUGCCAGCUACUGGGAGAAGAGGCGGAAAAACAACGAGGCAGCCAAGAGGUCUCGAGAAAAGAGACGCUUCCAUGACCUGGUGCUGGAAGGGAGGGUGGCGGCACUGGAUGAGGAAAAUGGCCGCUUGAGGAAUGAGUUGUUUCAGCUGAAGCUGCGAUACGGGUUAAUUUCGGCUGCUUCGUUUAUCGAGGCCAGCCAAGGACUUGGCAACCGCAAGGCGGCAGACGGGGGACCUUUGCUGUGCAAUUCCAGGAAUACAACUUACAUGUCCCCCUACUUAGCCAUAAACUCGGACUCCUCAGAGGCGGACAGUGGAGGGGGUGCAGCCAUGGAUAGUUACUCCCCCCGCAGUUCGCUCUCAGACCUCUCCGAUCAGUCUUCCCGGGAUAGCCCGGUGCCAGCUGGCUACGGAGAGGGGAGGACCACAGAAAAUGACUUUGCCAAUAUGUGCCCGGUGGAAAACAACCCAUCCACGAGAGGAGCAGUGCCACGUGGGGGAGUGAUACUGUACAGAGUCGGCGGGCUUACUGUGGACCCCCAGCACAGGCACAUUGUGGGUACAGAUAUGGAAUCACUGCAACACCAGGCCUCCGAGUACAGCGCCCCACUUCCACGCUCCUCCAUUUUUGUACAUUCGGACAGUUUCCAAAAUACUUACCAGGACAUGGAGAAGGCCCCCGGCAUUAAAGCUUCCACAGAACUUUUGUCCCCCAAAUCCCCCCAGUCAGAGUACCAGAGCGAGGACAGUGGUAGUGACGAGGGGGGAUCCAACUGCUGCCCCUUGGAGUGGCCGACCUAUCAGGAGCCAGUGGCUGGCGUCAAACUGCCACACAAACUGAGGUUGAAGUGCCGAACGCAUGGACACGAGGGGUGGGGGGCAGAUAAAGGUCAGGGAAUCGAGGUGCAGAAUUAAUUAUCGGCCGGAUCCAGAUAAUGAAAGCCAAACAUAAUGAAAGCCUGGCAACCGUUCCCAUCCAUCACAAUCCGCAGGUGCCAAUGUGUGACUCUCGCUUUAAAGACUGAUCCUUCUUCUACUGUUACACUUUUGAAUGCAAGGGGUG